AUGUCGACUCAAGAAACCGCCAAAACGCUCUAUUUGGUGGCCGAAGGCACCAAGUACGCAUACCGAAUCAUCGGCAAUGCGAGCGAGGACUCUCCGCCUCUCCUGAUGCUCAAUCAUGUCCGAUCAACCAUUGACACUUGGGACCCUGAAGUCAUAAACAACCUCACUGCAAGCGGUCGUCAGCUCAUCACGUACGACUAUGCCGGACUUGGUCACAGCGGCGGCAACAUUGCCCCCAGCAUUCGGGCUUUUGCCAUCAACUUGCUCGCUUUCCUCAAUGUCCUCCUGCCGACUCUUCACGCUAAAGAGGUCGAUGUGCUUGGCUUCUCCAUGGGCGGCUACAUUGCUCAGCAGCUUACUCUCGACGCCCCUGACAUCGUGCGCAAACUGGUUCUCGCAGGUACUGGUCCUAGCCUUGGUCCUAAUCUGGAACGCCCCAUGAACGAGGUUCAAUCCACUGUCUUCAACCCAACCCCUGGUCCACCUACCAUCGAAGCCUUCUUUCCCUCGUUUACUACCGGCGAAGAGGGCCUCGCAUGGUUCAACCGGAGCACCCAGUCACGAGCCGGCGUUGCUGGCAAGAAUGGCGAGCCCGAAAUUGCUCAGUUCACUACCGGACAAGACCUUGUCAAGCUCACCCAGGCAUACCUAACUUGGGAUGCCGAUCCCAUCCCUUACGCCCUCCUCCAGACCAUCCAGAAGGAUGCCCUCGUCACCAACGGCGACAACGACCUAAUCGUCCCAACGCAAAACUCGUACAUCCUAGCUCGACAGCUGCCCCGCGCCAACUUUGUCAUGUUCCCUAGUAGUGGUCAUGGUCAUCUUUUCCAGUAUGCGAGCUACUUCACCAAGCUCGUCGGAGAGUUCUUGGAUGGCAAGCUGCCUACUGCGCCUUUCUCCGCCGGAAAAGCUCCAGCUUUCCAGAAGUAUGGUUCCUACAACCAGUAG